GAAUUUGUGCGUAAAAAUAAAACAAUAAAGUAUAUUUUCUUUAAUCAGAUAUCAACGUUUGUCGGGAUACUUGAAUCUACUAAUUAUGUUUGAAUGGUGAUAUAAGAUUGAUAACAGUAUGUGUUGACAAUUUGUGUGAGUUGUGCGUGUGUGUAUUGUAGUUCUAAUCAUUCUGUUGUCUUGUAGUGACGAUGUAUCGGAAUAGUAUUGUUGUGUUGUGCGCUGUGCUAACAGUGACAUCAUGUACUGAAGACCUGACGUUUCCACCUGGGUUCUUAUGGGGGGCAGCUACCGCUGCUUACCAGGUCGAAGGCGCGUGGAAUGCCAGCGACAAAGGAGAAAGCGUAUGGGAUCGUUUUUGCCAUGAACAUCCCGAGAAGAUAGCAGACCUGACCAAUGGAGAUGUUGCCUGCGACUCCUAUCAUCUGUGGAAAAGAGACAUCGAAAUGGCUGUGGAAUUGGGAUUGCACUUCUAUAGGCUAUCCAUAUCCUGGCCUCGUCUGCUUCCAUCUGGUUUCUCGAACCACAUCAGCGAGGAUGGCAAGAACUACUACAACAACCUGAUCGAUGGUCUUCUGGAGAAGGGGAUUGAGCCAUUUGUUACAUUAUACCACUGGGAUCUACCACAAAGUCUUCAAGAUUUGGGUGGCUGGGCAAACCCUCUAGUCGCAGAUUGGUUCGUCGACUACGCAAGAGUCGCAUACACUUUAUUCGGUGAUCGUGUGAAGUGGUGGAUUACAAUCAAUGAGCCCCUGAUCAUCUGUGACGUGGUUUAUAAUUCUGGUCUCUUGGCUCCAUCUAUUAUCAGCCCUGAAGUUGGGAACCACUUGUGCACUAAGAACGUGGUGAUGGCCCACGCUAAGGCUUAUAGGCUGUACGAUGAAGAAUUUAGACCUAAAUAUCAUGGUAAGGUGUCGGUGGCUAAUCAUCACAUUUGGUUCGAUCCACUGUCACCAGCCGAUGCUGAACUGGCUGAACUAGCAAGAGAGAACUGUGUCGGUAAAUAUUCUCACCCGAUUUACUCCAAGACUGGAGGUUGGCCACCAGCACUGGAGAAGGCGCUGGGAGACUACCACUCGAAGCUUGGAUACACCAGGCCAAUACUCCAACCAUUUACACAGCAAGAGAUUGAGUACGUUAGAGGAACCUAUGACUUCUACGCCCUGAACCAGUACACCAGUCGCCUGAUCCGCCCAGCGAGAGAGGGUGAGACCUUCGGACCCUGGCCCUUUGCAGACGCCAUACAGCUCAAUGCCAAAACGCAAGCAGAUAAGAGCUGGCCCACCACUCUGUCAUUCUGGUUCUUUGUGCAUCCCGAAGGUAUACGCCGUCAACUAGUCUGGUUGAAGCAACAGUACGGAGACAUAGAAUUCGUCAUCACGGAGAAUGGUCUGUCAACGCAGGCUGGACUCGAUGACCACGACAGGAUCGAUUACUAUAAGAAGUACUUGAGACAGAUUUUGCUGGCGAUUAAAGAAGAUGGUGUCAAUGUGACUGGGUAUACAGCCUGGACGCUGAUGGAUAACUUCGAGUGGAUGGAUGGACUCAGUAACAAAUUUGGACUGUACGAGGUGGAUUUCAACAAUCCUCUCCGCACACGCACGCCUAGAGCUUCAGCGCACUUCUAUAGAAACCUUAUCAAAACGAACAAAUUAGAUUUAGGCUUUGUUCAGGAUGAGCUGUGAUUGUUGUGAUAUUACUGUUGUAAAUAUGUAUUCUAUGCUAUGUAAGUAAAAAAAUAAAAGAAUAAGCUGA